AUGUCUUUGUGUGGAUCUGCCAUCAUUCAGUGUCAGAAACAGACUCACACGCAGGCUGCCAAACACCCACAGCCCGAGGCUGCCGUUGCGGAGACGCACCGGGGUGUUUUACUUGGCGAGACUGGAGCCGAGCCGGCACAAACUCGAUCUCCGCCGCCGCCGGCGACCCGAGCAGGACGCUCGGCCCGAGCCCGCCGGGGCGACCCCUCUCCACCGCGGCCACCUCACCCGCCACUUGGAAGGAAACCCCUCGAUAGAUCACGGUCUCGGGAGAGUGGCGUUAUUGUGGAGUGCAGGCAAAGCGGCCCUGACUCUCUUGAUAAGUUCAGACCUGUCGGCCUAGUUUUAUCCCAGCAGUAUGCCUCUCAGUUCCUGUUGAGGAAACGUCGAGCAAAUUCUUUUAUGGAAGAAAGUAAGAAGGGAAAUCUAGAAAGAGAGUGCAUUGAAGAAUUAUGCAAUAAGGAAGAAGCCAGGGAAAUCUUUGAAAAUAAUCCUGAAACUGAGUAUUUUUAUCCCAAAUAUUUAAGCUGCCUUGCCUCCCAUCGAGCAGGGAUUUUCAGGGUUACAGCAGUUACUCCAGAUUCUCCAGCUGACCUGAGGGCUUGUGUCAACGAAAUCUCAAAUCAGUGUAGCCCUCUGCCAUGCCAUAAAGAUGGAUAUAAGGAUUGCAUAGAUGGACAAGCCAAAUAUACAUGUGUCUGUAAACCAGGAUGGCAAGGAGAGAAAUGUGAAGAAGAUAUAAAUGAAUGUGAAGACAUAAAUGGAGGUUGUAGCCAACGCUGUUCUAAUUUACCUGGAAGCUACCGUUGUUUAUGUGAAGACGGCUACUUCAUGCAUUCAAAUAAAAGGGAUUGUGGAGAUAUAAAUGAAUGUGUGUUACAUCCGAAUAUCUGUGGGACAGCCAUCUGUAAAAACACCCUGGGGGAAUAUGAAUGUGAAUGUGCAGAAGGCUACACAUAUAAUUCAACUUCCAAGAACUGUGAAGAUAUUGAUGAAUGUGCUGAAAAUGUUUGUGCUCAACUCUGUGUAAACUCUCCAGGAAGUUAUAGCUGCUAUUGUGACGGCAAGAAAGGAUUCAAGCUCUCUAAGGACAUGAAGAAUUGUGAGUCUGUUACUGCAUGUAUCCCACUGAACCUUGAAAAGAAUUAUGAACUGCUUUACCUGGCAGAGCAAUUUAUAGGAAUUCCUGUUCUGUACUUAAAGUUUAAAUUGCCAAAUGUCACGAGAUUUACAGCAGAAUUUGAUUUCCGGACAUAUGAUGCAGAGGGAGUUAUACUAUAUGCAGAAUCCCUUGACAAUACAGCAUGGAUCUUGCUUGCUGUUCGUGAUGGGAAGAUUGAAAUUCAAUUCAAGAAUGAGUUUGGAACAAAAGUCACCAGUGGAGGCAAAGCCAUUAAUGAUGGACUAUGGCAUAUAAUAUCGGUUGAAGAACUAGAACACAGCAUCAGUGUAAAAAUAGCUAAAGAAGCCGUGAUGAGUAUCAACAGCCCAGGAACUCUUUUUAAACAAUCACAGGGUUUCUUGGAAACUAAGGUGUACAUUGCAGGAUUACCUCGCAAAGUGGGCAACACUCUUGUUAAACAGAUUAACCCUCGGCUAGAUGGGUGCAUUCGUGCCUGGAACCUGAUGAAUCAGGGACAUUCCGGUGUAAAAGAAGUUAUUCAAGAAAAACAAAGUAAACACUGUUUAAUAGCAGUGGGGAGAGGAUCCUUCUACCCUGGCACUGGAACAGCAACAUUUCAGAUAAACUAUAAUAAUCUUGACAGUGCUGAAGAUUGGCUAAUAAAUGUGACACUGACUAUUCGCCCAUCCACAGACACUGGUGUUAUGUUUGCCUUGGUUUCUAAUGAAACAGUGCCUCUUGCUUUGUCCAUAGUGGACUCUAACUCCUCUGACUCACAGAAAAUCAUUGUGACCAUUGGAAACAUCACUGUUGCACAUCUGGAAUCAAAGAAGUUAUGUACACCCAGGAAAGUUCUGGUUGGACUUCUAGUGACCAAACAGCAACUUGAACUGUCUGUUGAUUCACACACAGUCAGAAGCAAUUCAGAGCAGCUGUCUAUCCUGCAUCAGGCAAUGAUGGCAAAUGUUGUUACCUACUUGGGUGGCCUGCCAGAUGUUCCUCUGGGUGCUACGUUAGUAACCGCUUUUUAUAAUGGCUGCAUGGAGGUGAAGGUCAACAACAGACAGCUGGAUCUGGAUGAAGCCAUUUCUAAACACAAUGACAUUAGAUCUCACUCAUGCCCACUGAUUAUGCAGUAACCAUUCAAUUCUUAAUUUAACUUUUUUCUUUCAGAUAUAAUUUGUGUAAUUAGUCUCAUUCCAUAAUGAAGCCUGUAUUAUUUUAUUCAAGAUGUGCCAGGAAAGUAAUCAACAGCAUGUUUUUCCUCCCUUUCAUAUAGAAUGAGGGAAAAAAAUCCCCUCUGUUUUCAGCUGUAAAGAGACAUUCAAGAUGAAAAUUCUGUAAAAUAUUCUUUUAUUCAUAUCAGUGAUAAAUCUUAAAGCUAGAUUUAUCUUCCAUGUUCAUACUAUGCCCUUGAUAUAUUUAGUUUGGAGCGAAAGUUCAGGAAGUUCUGUUUAGAACCAAUUUUACUUCUUAUUUUCCAUAUAUCAGCAUAAAGUUACGAGUUGCAAAUUUUGGUAAUGUAUU